GUGAAGAUGUCGGUGUCCGGGAUGAAGAAGCAGCUCCACAAAGCCAGUCAGCUGCUGAACGAGCGUUUGAUGGGAGCUGAAGGAACAAAGAUGGAUGACGACUUCCUGAAGAUGGAGAAGAGUGUCGUGGUCAUCAACUCUCUGCUGGUGGAGCUGCUGUCCAGAACCACAGAGUUCCUCCAACCAAACCCUGCGGGCCGAGCUAAACUGAGCAUGCUCACCACGAUGUCCAGGAUUCGAGGACAGGGGAAGUCGGUGGGUUACCCGCAGACAGAGAGCAUUCUGGGAGACUGUAUGCUGCUCUACGGCCAGGAGCUCGGAGCUAAGUCUGAAUUUGGCGUAGCUCUGACGGUUGCUGGUGAAGCUCUUCAUCAGGUUGCUCAGGCUCGUGACGCUCUGGAUGUCAACGUGAAACGCAGCUUCAUCGACCCUCUGCAGGACCUCCAGGACACGGAGCUGAAGGAGAUCCGGUACCAGCUGAGGAAGCUGAACGGUCGUCGGCUGGACUUCGACUACAAGAGGAGACGCAGAGGGAAAGUCCCGGAGGACGAGGUCCAACGGGCCGGAGACAAGUUCUACACCUCCAGAGAGCUGACGGAGAGGAGCAUGUUCUACCUGCUGCAGAGAGACGACGAUCGUCUCCGUCGUCUUUCUGCUCUCGUCUCGUCUCUGCUGCACUUUCACCGCGACGCCCACCGCGUCCUGCUCUGUCUCCACGGCAACCUGCAGGCCAGCAACAAACCAGAGCGACGGUUCAAACCCAGAAGGACCCGAGUCAGAAGUGAACUCACAGCGACCGCCUCCUCGGCGAUCCCGUUCCGACCCGGCAGUCCGAUCCCCUGUUACGCUGACGGUCAGCUGGUCCUGGAUCAGCCGUGCUGUCGGGCGUUGUACUCCUUCCACUCGAGCCACGAUGGCGAGCUGACCUUCGUGGCCGGUGACAUCAUCGUCCUCACCGGUCAGCUGGACGCCAGCUGGUUUGAGGGGACGCUUGGCGGCCGGUCGGGACUCCUCCCCGCCAGCUACGUGGACGUGCUGGUGCCUCUGCCGUUACCAUGA